AUUUAUUACUUAGAAUCCUUAGGAAUCUUCCUAUUACUUCUAUUCCAAGUUUUGCUCGAGCAUGUCGUAGAUUUAAAGUUUUAGUAUAUGAUGAUGAACUAUGGGAACAUCACUUGAAAACCAUGGGAGUACGUAUAAAAUCCGAUAAUAAAAUUGAUCUUAAGAGUAAAUCUUUAGACGAUAUUUUUAUGAAUUCAGAAAAACAAUAUUUUGAAAAAAUAGCUAAGCAAACAUUAAAAACAUUGAGUAUGAUUCCUGGUUUACCGUUAGAUCCAUUUCUUUCCCAAAAAUCAUGGAAAACAUCUACUGGAAUAGCUAAAGAUACAUUUAAAAGGAUUUAUAUAGAAUUAAUUCCAUAUUAUUUUGAGUUUAGAAAUAGAAGAAAAGAUAGUCGAUUAUUUAAAGAAUUUAUUGAUCCCACACAACAAGCUAAAAUGUUGAAAAGAUUAACAAUGUUUGGAAAAUUAAAUAUUAGUAUAGAUUCUGAUCAAAUCAAUAAUGCUCUUGUGACCACUAUUGAAUAUUUUGAAAAUUCUUCACUUCAUAAUUUUGAAUUAGCAUAUGAUGCAAAUAAUAUAAUUGAAAUGAAGAAAUGGGCUAAUAUUCUCAUAUAUUUAAAUGGAGGUGCAUCCUGUAUACAAGUAUUCAUACAAAAAAAUCGUAUAUUCUUUGAUUAUACGUUUGAUGCAUUAGACAAUUUCACUUCCACCACGUCGUCUUCUUAUUCUUAUUCUUAUGGAGGGGAAUUAACUUUUAAGCCAAUGUCCGAGUUUUUUAGUCAUGUAGAAGAUGAAUUAGUUAAACAAGCAAGUUUGAUAACUCAAAUUUUCCCACCGGAAGCAGAUGUUUUUCAUUCAUUUGCUGAACGAGUAAUUGAGGAUGUGGUUAUAGAAUACAUUUAUACCCUUUUGGAAGAAGCCCAUAACCUUGAUGUUUUCAUUUAUCUUAAAACUACCACCAUAGCACAUCUUAAUUGUAUUCACGUCGCUGAAGUAUUAUGGAAAAAUGCUAAACCGGGUUUAGAUAAAAUAAGAGCUGAAGACAUGUUAUAUCAAAUGUUUGAACCACUUAUGAAUCAAUAUUUGUCUGAAGAAUUUAUUACAGUAAAAACUUUAAGUGAGGAAGAAAUUUAUAAAUGGAAUCGAAAGUUAUUGGAUAAUACCACUUUAGAACAACAAUCAUUUCUCAAUAAUUCUAAUCGAGAAUUAUCCACUCCACGAUCGUCAUCGACAUCUUCGUCGAGAAAUUCAUCGAUAUUAAAUAAUACUCCUUUAGAUAAAAGAAAUAGUGUUACCAGUUUGCAAAGUACCACCACUACCACCACCACUAGUCCUACUACAAGUUCUUCUUCCUCCUUUCAUCGUAAAAAUAAUUCAUCUGUCGACACUCAAAUAUCAGUUUCUUCUUGGAACAUUAAAUCGGAUAAACUUCAACAAUUACUUAGUUUAGAAACAGCUUUACAAAUAAUUCACAUAAAUAAGGAUUCUAUACGUAGAAUUGGAAUAUUUGUAGGAUAUCCGGAUAAAAUGGAAACCAUCGAAAAUGUAUUUAUUUUACUUCUUCGAAUACUUGGUACAAAGCAUAUUAAGCCAGGAUUUGAUACAGCGAUUAAACACCUGGGAGACCAUAAAUCUGAUUCUGAAACAAGUUCUCAAAGUUUGGCACCUUUUGUUGAAUUUUUUGAAUUGGUUCAUAUUGCAGAUCUGAUACAACAAAUGGUGCAAGUAUAUUAUGAUGAAGAAAUGGAAAAAAAAGCAUUUGAAAAGAUAUUAGACGAAAGCGUUGCUUCUGGUUUAAAUAAAGGUAUUCAGGUGCUUAUUGAUCAUGUGGAAUAUAUAUUAGCCACAGUACAGAGACCUGAAGAUUUCAGACCACCAAUUGAUGUACCAUUAGAUUUAAAACCCACCAAAGCUUGUGUUGAAGCUGUGGAAUGUCUUUCAACACAUGUUAAAUUAGUGAUUGGUUGUUCUGAUAAACAAACAUUAGAUGUAUUUCUCCAGGAAAUUGGACUUAGAUUAUUCGGGUAA